AGAAAUGCUCGGCAUGAAUAGUCAGCUGAGCACGUCUUCCCCUGUCACAAAUUUCCUCGUCCUUUCCGCGUGUUAUCUACAAAUCAUUCGGGUCUUGCCUUUUACCUGAUUCCUCCCAUUUUCCUCUGCCCCUCCAUUGAUCCACAGACACACAGCCAAGAGAGAGGAUUUUAGAGAGAGAAGAAAACGGAUGAAUUCAGAGAGAGAAAUGAAUUUAUUAGGAUUUAAGAAUGGCGCUUGAAGUGAAUAGAAAACAGGGGAAGGAAAUAGAGAGGAGAGAGAGAGGGGCAGGGCGGGGGGACAGAUACAGCGAGGCUAAAGGCGACCUAUUUAAGGUCAUUGCCUGUGAAGUCCCGUGAGAGAUCUCAGUUAAAUACCAUAUACCCUUCAUCCCAUCUCUCUCUCUGGCUCUCUAUUUCUCUCUCCUUCUCUGCGAAUGAGAGAGAUUGAGCCCAUCUACCUCGUCUGAAUUCUGAAAGAAGAUUGAGCGGAGUUUGAGACUGGGGUGAGACGCACCGUACAAUCCCCUUCUGUCUCUCUCAUUUGUCGAUCGCCAUUAUUGUCGCCGGCUACCGUCUUUCCUUUUCCGUGUUUUACUGCAGUUGAUCAGUUCUGGGAAAAUGAAGCAUAAAGAUGCAAAAUCUUUGUCUCAACCUGAUAAAAGUUCAAGGGUACUCCCCAUGGCAUUAAUGUUUGUUGUGCUAUGCGCGUUUUCUUUCUAUCUUGGUGGAAUGUUCUGUUCCGAGAAGAACAAAUUUGCUGCUAAGGAUAUUGGCAAAUUAGUACAGUUUCCCAAGGAAUCAACUUCUGGCCCGCUUCAGAUUAAGCACAUUGCCUUUCCUCAAUGCAGCAGUGACUAUCAAGACUACACCCCAUGUACAGAUCCAAGGAUAUGGAAGAAAUAUGGUCUUCAUCGGCUUACAUUUAUGGAGCGUCAUUGCCCUCCAGUUUUUGAAAGAAAGGAGUGCUUGAUUCCCCCACCAGAUGGAUACAAGCUACCAAUCAAAUGGCCAACUAGCAAGAAUGAAUGCUGGUACAGGAAUGUGCCAUAUGAUUGGAUUAACAAGCAGAAAUCUAAUCAAAAUUGGCUGAGGAAAGAAGGGGAGAAAUUCAUUUUUCCUGGUGGGGGUACAAUGUUCCCCAAUGGUGUCAGUGCUUAUGUUGAUUUGAUGCAAGAACUGAUUCCAGAGAUGCAAGAUGGGAUUAUUAGAACUGCCAUUGAUACCGGGUGUGGGGUUGCAAGCUGGGGUGGCGACUUACUAGAUCGUGGGAUUCUUACUGUUUCUCUUGCCCCAAGAGAUAAUCAUGAAGCUCAAGUCCAAUUUGCAUUGGAACGUGGGAUUCCAGCAAUCCUUGGCAUCAUAUCUACACAGAGGCUUCCUUUCCCAUCAAACGCCUUUGAUAUGGCUCAUUGUUCAAGAUGUCUUAUCCCAUGGACAGAAUUUGGUGGAAUAUACCUUCUUGAAAUACAUCGCAUACUUCGUCCAGGAGGCUUUUGGGUCCUCUCUGGGCCACCUGUGAACUAUGAACAUCGAUGGAAGGGAUGGAAUACAACAGUGGAAGAGCAGAAAUCUGAUUAUGAUAAGUUGCAGAAAUUGCUUACUUCAUUGUGCUUCAAGUUAUACAACAAAAAGGAUGACAUUGCUGUGUGGCAGAAAUUGCCAGAUAACAGCUGUUACUCUCGCCUUGCUAGUCCUGAUGCUUACCCACCCAAAUGUGAUGAUGGCACCGAACCAGAUUCAGCAUGGUACACUCCACUCCGUGCCUGUGUUGUUGUUCCAAACCCAAAGCAUAAAAAAAUAGGGUUGAAAUCUGUCCCUAAAUGGCCGGAGCGGUUGCAUGUUGCUCCUGAACGCAUUUCAAAUAUUCAUGGUGGGAGUGCUAGUACCUUCAAGCAUGAUGACAGUAAGUGGAAGGUGCGAAUAAAGCACUACAAGAAGUUACUUCCUGCACUUGGGACAGAUAAGAUUAGAAAUGUGAUGGACAUGAAUACGGUUUAUGGAGGUUUUGCCGCUGCUGUGAUUGAUGAUCCCCUCUGGGUUAUGAAUGUGGUCUCCUCGUAUGCAGCCAAUACACUCGCCGUGGUCUAUGACAGGGGUCUCAUUGGAACCUACCAUGACUGGUGUGAGGCCUUCUCAACAUAUCCUCGAACGUAUGAUCUUCUUCACCUCAAUGGCCUCUUUACAGCUGAAAGCCACAGAUGUGACAUGAAGUAUGUGCUCUUGGAGAUGGAUCGGAUAUUGCGCCCCAACGGUUAUGCUAUAAUACGAGAAUCUAGUUAUUUUGUGGAUGCUGUUGGUACAAUUGCCAAAGGAAUGAGAUGGGGGUGCCGUAAGGAAGAUACCGAGUAUGGUGUUGAGAAAGAGAAAAUAUUGAUUUGCCAGAAGAAGCUCUGGUACUCUUCUAACCGGAGUUCAAGAUGAUAAAGACAUGUUUGACAUUGGGUGAUGAUGCUAUUGAAGGGAGAAAGCUGAGUAAAUUUUAUAAACCUGGGUGCAAAAGGGAGAAGUUCCAUACCGCCCAUAUAGAAGUUUCUGUCAUUCUAUAAGAAGCCAAGAAUAUUGAAAUUCAAAUUUGUCAAUUGAGGGAUUAGUUAUUCAAUAAUCUGAUUUUGUUUAUAUAUAUAUAUAAUUAUAUAUAGAUAUGUAUUCUUUGAAAUCCAUCGAGAGUAUUAUGUAGUCUUACUUUCCCCCUCAUCUUUUUCUCCCUUCCUCUUCUGUUCUUUAUUCCAAUCCUCACCCCCAUCUCCCCCACCUUGGGUUAUCUGUACUUGUAUGUUAGUAAAAGUUCAGAUAAAUUAAAUGGAAUGAGUUGCAAUGGUUACAACA